AAGUCUUUGUUAGUUGUUACUUAAGACCCAAGCUAGCACAAGAUUGAAGAGAAACAAUCAUGGCUACCGAGGAUGUUAAUGGCGUUACUCACGAGCUAUCGGCUCUCUUCUCCUCUGUUGAGAGGGACUUUCUCGUUCGCAACAAUGGUGACCAGGUUAAGAUUAGUAGUUUGAAUGGGAAGAUUGUUGGAUUGUAUUUUUCUGGAUCAUGGUGUGGUCCGUGCCGCAGUUUUACCCCCAAAUUAGUGGAACUCUACAACGAGGUUGCUUCGAAAGGAGAGCUUGAAGUUGUGUUUGUGUCUUCUGAUCGAGAUGAUGAGUCAUUUAAUGCCUACUUCUCUGAAAUGCCAUGGCUUGCUAUCCCCUUUUCUGAUCCUGACACCAUAAAACGAUUGAAGGAGUCUUUUAGUGUCAGGGGAAUUCCUAAGCUUGUCAUUAUUGAUUCAAAUGGGAAGGUUUCAACCGAGAAUGGGACGGCGGUUGUGUUGGAAUAUGGUGUUGAUGCAUACCCUUUCUCUCGCGAAAGAAUUGAAUUUUUGAAAGAGCAAGAAGAAGAAGCUAAGAGGAACCAAACCUUGAGUUCUGUUCUGGUAUCUAGCUCCCGAAACUAUCUGCUUUCGAAAGAUGGGAAUCAGGUUCUUGUCUCUGAGCUUGAAGGUAAAACUGUUGGACUUCUAUUCUCAGUGAGUUGUUCUCAUGAACCUUAUAUUGAAUUUUUUACUAAUACACUUGUUGAGGUUUACAAUACGCUCAAGGAUAAAGGUGAGAAGUUUGAAGUUGUGUUAAUAUCUCUGAAUAAUGAAGAGGAUGAGUUCAAGAAAGAAUUAGAAACAAUUCCAUGGUUGGCUUUGCCAUACAAGGAUAAGAUCACUGAGAAGCUUGUGCGGUACUUUGAGUUUGAUGUUUCAGACAUUCCUACACUAGUCAUACUAGGUCCAGAUGGGAAGACUGUGAACUCCGAUGCAAAUGAACUGGUUGAAGAACAUGGCAUUGAUGCCUACCCUUUUACACAAGAGAGGAUUGCUGCUCUUGCUGAAAUUGAGAAAGCAGAACUGGAAUCACGAACACUAGAUGAUAAUUUUGUAAAUGGCACCAAUGUUCCAAGGUACCGAUAUCUCUGAACUAGUUGGAAAGAAUGUUGUUCUCUAUUUCUCAGCUCACUGGUGUCCACCAUGCCCUCGAUUCACACCAAAGCUUAUGAGUAUUGUUUUAAUAUUAUUAUGAUUUUUUUGUGUUAUAUAAUUUUAUUAUUACUAUAUGUUAAUUUUCAAUGAUACAAUAUACUAACAGAGCCGGUUCUAGGCAUAGGCGGGCUAGGCCCGUGCCUAGUGCCCACACUUUUCGGGGCCAAAAAAAAAAAAUAAAAAUUAUUAGACUUUUAUUUAAAUAAAAUUUAAGUGUAUUAUAAGUAACAAA